UCAACAGACGAUCAAGAGGGAGGUGAACUUUUCCUCUCCUCUCCUGUUACAUUCAUCGCUGUGGUAGCAAUUGACUUUGGCACAACGUUUAGUGGGUUUGCAUUUGCGUUCAAUAACAAAGAGGGAGAAAAAAGUAUCCACAUGAAUAAAGAAUGGGGAAGUGACCAAGGCUACUCCACUAUGAAGACACCUACAUGUUUGUUGCUUAAUCCAGACCAGAGCUUCAAUUCGUUUGGCUAUGAGGCCAAAGAUAAAUUUGCUGAUUUGGAGGAAGAGGAGGCUCGACAAUAUUUUUACUUUGAUUGCUUUAAAAUGAUUCUUCAUAACAAUGAGGUGAGAGAAAAAUUCUUUUUUUUUUUUUUUUUUUUCCAAAUACAUGAAACUUCCUUAUUUAGAAGAAAUAUUGGAAAAUCUUUAACGGAUUUUAUGUUAAUAAACAUUAGUCGAUUUUGGUAUGGAAGAAAGAAGCUGUGUUAUUCUGAUAAAUGUUGGCAAUUUGUUUAUUAACUUUGAAGGAGAUCAGGGUAAAGCCAAGCUAUUAUAUCAAAGCUUAGGUCAAUUUAAAGGUUAUUUGGUUUUCCUCAAAAUUUGGUGCUUUUCAAGUUUUGUACUUUUUUCAGAAAUGUUAAUAAACAGAUACUUCUAAUAUUGUUUAGGUUAUUAAUUCCGAACAGAAUGAGAGCGCAGAAACUUACUGCAAACAUAAAACUAAUAAACUUUUGAAACAAACGUGGUUUUUGUCCUUACAGAGCUUAAAUAUGAACACCACUGUAGAGGCAGCGAAUGGCAAGCACAUGAGGGCCUUGGAUGUUUUUAAAUAUUCCAUAAAAUAUCUUUACACACGGGCACUAGAGGUGAUUAAGGAGAGAACUGGUGACGAAGACUUCGGAGGAAAUGAUGUGCAAUGGGUCUUGACCGUCCCAGCAAUAUGGAAACCAGCGGCAAAACAAUUCAUGAGAGAGGCUGCUUAUCAAGUGAGCUGUCAUUAUAUACACAUUUCAAACAUCAGCAAAUUCGUGUAAUGAUCAGUAUUAUUGACUAACUUUCAAAUUGCCAGCGCAAAGAAGGGUAAAGCUGUUGCUUUGAAGAAUGCAAAUUCUUGCACCAUACGAGAACAAAAUGGUGAAACAUUACUGAACCAGUAUGCUUGGUUAGGGCUCGCUCUACGAAAUCGCAAAAGCGCAACAAGGAAAAAGUGGGCGAAAAUACUUCUUUCCUACAUCCAUUUUCUGCAAUAAGUCUUUGUAACAUCAUCUUCAUUGACUAUACUGACAUCCAGUAUUUUUACUUUUAUCUCAGGCAGGGCUGGCACAUCCCUCCAACCCAGAGCAGAUACUGAUCGCUUUGGAGCCAGAGGCGGCCUCCGUCUACUGUAGAGAGCAAAAGGUGAGAGAGUUUGUUGCUGAGAGUGGUAGCAACGAUGACUUGGUUGAGGACACCAUCGCCCGACCAGAAUCACAGUACAUGGUAAUUGACAUUGGAGGUAAAUUCAAUUUUUCUAGUAGCAAAUUUUCCACUCGAAACUCAUGACUUGAACAAAGACAUCGACCUUGUGCGGUUUAAUGCUUUAUUUCAUAUCUGUUAGUUUUUUAAUUUUUUCGAUUUACCGUGAUGAUCAGCAGAGUAAACAGAAAGUAUAAAUCUCGAGACAGAAAUAGUCAACACAUGUAAAGCUAGACACCUCAUUUUUUAAGUGAUCAAUUUUCUAUCAUUUUCAUAAAAUGUUUUCUGUUAUAACAAAGUUGCAGGGUCCAGUUAUAUAAGGGUCGGAUAAUGCUAUUAAACGGAUAAAUUGCUAUCCAGUGGAUAAGUGGUAGCAAAACGUAUCGCGUUAUCCACCGUAUAGAGUUUUAUCCAGUGGAUGGCGUUAUCCAACUUUCAAACAAACGGAGCCAGAACGUUAUUCUAAAAUAUCUUGACUCUUGUAUUCAUGUAGGCGGAACUCUUGAUGUGACUGUUCAUGAACUUAUGGAAAACGGUGCAAUCCGAGAGCUUUAUAAAGCCACAGGAGGUACGUUUGGAGGACAGAAUGUCAACAGACAGUUCAGGAUCCUUCUUGAACAAAUUUUCACCAAAUCCUUCCUUGAUAAUUAUGCCUGUCACAAUCCGGUGGAUUGGCUCUGUCUCAUGAAUGAUUUCGAAGUAAAGAAACGCGGAAAACGUAUCUGUGAAGGGGGGACAACACGAAUCCGGUUGCCUGGUAGUUUCUUAAGUAAAUUUCUCAACCAGAGAGGUUGCGAUAUUAACACAGCCAUUCGGCAGCAUUACAACCUGGAUGAAAUAAAAGUCCUUCGUAACGAGUACCUCUGCCUUGAACCAAAAGUCAUGAGGCAGCUGUUCAACCCAGUCUUGGAUGACAUCAUUUCCCACUUAUCCAACCUUCUCGCCAAACCAGAAUUGUCUGAGGUCAAGUUUGCAUUCCUCGUAGGCGGUUUUUCUGACUCAGCUGUUUUACAGGAAAGAAUCAAGGGGCAUUUUGGCCACGCCUAUCGCAUUUUAAUACCGCACUGCGCAUCCCUUGCAGUUGUCCAAGGUGCUGUGAUGUUUGGACAGAAACCUAACACUUUCGAGUCCAGAAUAAUGGCUACCACCUAUGGCAUCCGUGUACAUAGGCUCUUCCUAGACGGGUUACAUCCUGAAUCGAAAAAGGAAAUAAUAGCUGGAAUCCCACGCUGUAAAGAUGUGUUUUUUAAGUUUGUUAAAGUCGAUGAAGUCGUUAAAGUUGGAGAAAAACGUCAAUUCACUGGUUUUGCACCCUUGACAGGCGAAGAGAAACAAGUGAAGCUCGAUUUCUACCAAUCAGAAUGUCCAGAUGUGGAGUUUGUUACAGAUCCUGAGGUGCGCAAGGCCCCCGGUCGUGGAUUAGUGAUUGAAACACCAGAGGCAUGGAAAACGAAAGAUAUUGAGAUCCAUUUGCUCUUUGGUGGAACUGAGAUAAAGGUCACGGCUGUUAAUCGUACUAGCAACCGACAAUCCACGGUUCAUCUAGACUUUCUGGCCAGCAGUUAG